GAGCUCACUUCCUGCUAGAGACUGAGAAAGGGAAGGGACUGCAUGUGACAGAGAGAGACAGACGCUGAGAGAGACGCCACCGGAGGGGCUGCCUGGGAGAACUACAAAAAGAGACGGUGACUGAGACUGGAAGGGACAGCGGAGGGCAAUGAGACAGGACUUACAGAAGAGCAGAAGGUACAACACUAUGUAAUUACAUAAAGGAGACAGCCAGGGAGGAAAGAAGACUGUCUGUGCAGCGUCUCAUCCAGGCAUCUGGGGCCAAUUAUGGAGAGCGACAUCCUAGAUUAUUCCCUUUCCGAACUGGAUGAUGUGGACAAGGACUUUGAAUCGGACUGGAUCGGAAAUGGAGAGUCUCCUUAUGAAAUGGACCAGGUUCAUGGCACCGCCCCUGAGGUUCCCCUGGCAGGGGAUAGGCUGGAUUCCGAGGGUCAGAGGACUGUGAUUACGGAGAGUAUGUCUGUCACUGAGUCCGACGAGGAGAAACUCCAACUGCUGAACAAGAACACGGAGCUGCGCCGACUCAACGCAGAGCUGAUGAAACUGAAUCAACAAUGGGAUGAGAUUUAUCGCUCCACCACGCAGAACCUGCAGCACACAGCGCGGGCCCUGCAGAGCGAGGCGCACAGCCUGAGGCAGCACAUUGACAAGCUCAGUGUGAAGCUGGAACAUGAACAGCACAAACGGGAGUUCUACGAGAGUUCGCUGCUUCAGGAGAUGAAGAGGAACCAGAAGCUUCAGGAAGACGUUCGGCGCCUGGAGAGGGCUCUGCACUACAAGGUCCUAUCCCAGCAGCAGCCGGGGCCCCACAGUGCUGCCAGUAUCUCCAGAGCCCACAGCCAAUCAGAUCUUUCCAGUGCCACCCACACUGCCUUCAUGCCGCCACACCCCACCUAUAAAAGGAGCCCGUCUCAGCCCGAAGAUAAAAUAGGGCAGGUUUCCAAAAGUCACAAACCUGCAAGAAACACACAGUCUACGAGCAACAUCUCCCGGGGCCACAACAGUCUCGGCCUGAGCCUGGAAAUCACCGACACCGAGCAGGAUGUCAAUCAGCUGAAGGACCAGCUCAAAGCUCUGAAAUGUCAGACAGAGAUAUACGCAGCCGAUUACAAGACGGAACACUCAGACCGCGAGAGAAUGAAAACAGAGAAUAACAAGUUGAGGCAAAAGGAGAAGGAAAUGAGGGAGCAGAUGCUGAUCCUGCAGGAACAGCUGAAGGUAUACGAGGAUGAUUUCCGGAAGGAGCGCUCGGAUAAGCAGGUGCUGCAGCGGCUCCUGAAGACGCGGGGUUCGGCCCGGGACCCAGUACUGGUGCAUCGCUGCAAUACCGGGAGCCAAGCUAAGGGGGCGCUAUCGGGCGAUACUGUAUCUGGCACCAGGGGAAACAGAAGGGAGCAGAGGGGGGCGGAUGGGGAGGGGCAGCAGUCACAGUACUGUAUAGGGUACUAGGGGGGGCUAUUAUUUUUUGCCUAAUUUAUAGAGUAAAUACAGUAUAUAAAUAUAUAUUGGUACAAGGUGAUCCCUUAUGUCUAAUAUUAUUACAUAGCGGCCUCAGUGAAACUGUUGGCAAAGAUAUAAUAAACUUCUUUUUUUUUAAAUUU